AUGGUCUUGUCAUUUUGUGAGUUUAGGAUAAAAAAUGAAUUGACAUCAUUAGUGUUAUUAGAAAACACUUCAUACACUAUCUCAUAUUCACCACCUAUUAUAAACUACGUUAUGUAUAUAAAAUCAGGCUUAUACAAAAAUAGAUCUUUAUCUUUUACUAUCUCUUUUCCACAGGAAUAUCCUUUUGCAUCUCCUAAAAUAAAAUGCAAUACAAAAAUAUUUCAUCCCUCCAUAGAUGAAGAAGGUAACACAUGUCUUGAGAUUUUGAGACUUAACUGGAAGUGUACUUAUGGUAUACAAAAUAUAUUUAUAAAUUUAUACACAAUUUUUAUAAAUCUGGACUGUGAUACACCGUUAAAUACUGAGGCAGGAGAUUUAAUGAUAAGAAACUGGGAUGAAUUUGUAAGUAAAGUAAAUACAUACAAAUAA